AUGGAUAAUAAUGAAAUCGAACAGCUAAUCACUCUUACAGGUGAUCGUUUUUAUGAAAGUAUUGAAGAACAAUAUGGAAGACUUGUUGAAAAAAUUUUACGAUAUCACGAUAUCGAUAGUUAUACGAUUUUGAGUCAAGUUGAUCAACAUGAAUUAAUUGAUUUAUUUGAAAAACCUGAUGAUGAAAAUUCUACCUGUGAAUUAAUUAACUUGAAAAAGGAGAUUUGUAAUAUAUAUCAUAAUUCAGUAUCAUUAAAAGUUGGGACGAAAAACAAAGUUAUUUUACUGUUAAAAUCAACUCAAGAUAUUGUUAAAAAGAAAAGAUUUCAAUUAGUAUCUCAAGCACGGUUAAACCGACUUGAGAAACAUCGAUCAGCAUCAUCAUCCUCAACUAACAACAGUGCUAGCGAUGGUGAAACUAGUUCAGGAAAAUAUCAUGCACCA